AUGGUGGUAGGCAGCGUUGGCGGCGGUGCUGCCCGGGAGGUCCUGAGCGCAUACAGGACUCUGCUGCGGGCGACGAGGAAGACAUUUGCCGAGGAUACACUGAUGCUUACCCAGUCAGCCAUGGAGGUGCGCAAGAAGUUUGAGGAGAACCGUGAAGUGUCAUCUGAGGCUGAGCUCCGGAGGCUGGUGGACGAGGCCCGGGAGGCGGCUCAGUUCAUUUCGACCAUGAUCGUUCAGGCCAAGCUCAACUCUCGCGGUGGUUUCGGUUCGUUUCAAUUCCUCCUCUACCUGCAUCUUUUGCACUAGGACAAAUCCGUCUUGCUAGUAAUCAUCAUUUGGCUCGACUUUGCAUCUACAAACAUGUUAUGAUAACUGAAGUGUUGAAGUCUAUGUGAUGUGAUCAAUUGAGGAUAAGUUCUUUAAAAGAUCCGACGAACUUUUCACACUGGGUAUUUUGGGCCUAACAGCUUGUUUCGAAAAUUUCGAUGGGUUUUUUUUAUGCAUGGUAAGCAUCAGAAACCAAUAGAUUAUUGGUUUUUGUAUGCUGGUGAUAGGAUCAGAAGAACAGUGUCAACAUAGUACGUCAAAAGUUCUUCCUUGGGAUUCUUUCUCGUAAAGUACCCAAGCAGAAUUUCUUUUCAGUGUUCUGACUAUUGGAUUCUUUCUCUUCCGGUGAGAAAUAAAAGAUGUUGCCCUCUGUUCAAAAUACGUAAAUGCUUCUGUAGUUAGUAAUGUGUAAAUACCCAUUUGAAGAUGAGGACUAGUUCACAUCAAUAGAUAGUACCCGAGCUUCAUUAAGAGGAUUACCCAUGUAUCAUAUUUCAUGUUACAUGGUUUGUUCUAGCUUGAAGGAAUGAAUUUGUAACUCAUUAAGCCUAGGUUUUGUGAGCCACAGUUGGCAAAUGCCCACAGUCUGGGAUUCAUUUUUCCUAUUUUUAUGGAUGGAUUGGAUUUCAGGUCAGUGACAAGGUCUCAUUAUGAGACAACAUGAAUUAACCUGCAGUCCUGCCAUCUUCAGUUACCUAUGGUGCUUUGAAAGUCCCUCAUCACUUUUAUCACUUUCCUACACUUGUCCUCUUCCCUUAUCUAUGCCUUAGCACUCUUGUCCUUCAGGUCGUCCCAAUAUUGCGGAUGACACUCUGUGCAGCCAUUGAACUUUCCCAUUAGCUGAAUAAUUUUUGUAUAGCUUAUUCAUUACUUAUUUCCCCCUACUAACUAGCUGUUAAUAGGAAUUUGUCACAUUAUUUCUAACGGUCUUCUCCUCAAUAACCAACAUGUAAAAUUUAAUCGUUAUGGUGGUGGGAAAAAAUCGUUAUUCCUUUGGACUAUCGAGUCUUAACCUGGCCCUGAAAUGCUUGGAUAGAGGUGACAAUGGUGGUGGGAUAAAGAUGUUCAGAUGAUAUAUUCGCAGCCAACUCUCAGAAAUGACGAAGAAGAGGUGGUACAUUCCACUUAAAAACCAAGCCUUAGAAACAUAAAGAAUGCCAUAACACGGUCUUAUUGAUUACAUAUAUUAGUAGUAUAACCAUUUGUAGGCUUUAAAGGGAUCAUCCGCCAUAAAAGGAAUUGCAUCAGACUGCUAUACCAUAACUGGUUGUGUUUUCCACAUUGAAAAUACCAGUUUUAUUUCGAGAUUUUUAACUGUUAAAACAAUUGUAGUAACAUUAUUUGUUGCACUAAUGUACAAACAAAAAUGCCCACUAGUAGGUUUAAACAAUUGAGAAAUGUGUUGAGAUUUACUCUACUGUAUCUAUUAUUACUGGUUUUUUUUCCUUAUCAAUGCUUUGAACUCUUUCGGUGACACCUGUCAAUUUAUCUAAAUGGCCCUAUUUUUCUUACACUAUGAACCAUAUGAUUGAUUGCAAAAAACUGGUGUGGAUCUGCAUCGUAUACCUUGUCAGUUUUUCUAUUUGCUCUGACCAUGACGUUUUCCCAUUCACCCAGAAUAAUGCCUAUCACUGACGACUUCCCUUUUUCACUCUAUAAAUAUUUUAUAGUUUGUGAUUGUUUCAGCUGGUUUUGUUUUCAGCUCUUUAUGUUUUUAUGUGUACUUUUUUUUUUUUUAACAAUUUCUUUGCAUCACUUCAUUUUUUCCUUCAACCAAUUGCCUUAUGAGUUGUGGUAAUAUUUGAUUCAAUCAGGAGGCACAUCAUAGUAUUAAUGUGGAAUGAGAUCAGUCGUGUCAAAUCUAUAUUGAACCUCACCGACAUCAUGUGUAGGUUAUUUUGACAUUUCACCGUCAUCAAUAGGUCAUCAUAGUUUGAAUUAGCUUGAGAGAAAUACAAGAAUGGAAGAGUUCAAGAAAAGCAAGAGAGGGGAAAGGAUCAUCAGCUUCCACCUUCAAGUUUCUUUCAUCUUCUUCACCAUGCACGCCUAUUUUCAUAAAAGAAAAAUGUGCUGACUCUGUAAGAAUAUGUUCAUGUGAAUGAAAAGAGUAGGGGGGUUCAUGGGACAUCUAGAUGAAUCUUGUUGCUGUACUGCUUCUUGGACCCUGUGAUCAACCCAUUUACCUUCGUAAUGUCAAAUUGAGUCCAUAACUCGAAGCCAGAGCUCUGGUGGUAAUCUCGAGAAAAUACUCUAAGAAGGUUUGGGAUUAACAGGGUUUACUCUUUGCUGUUUAGUUUCUACUUGAAAGCUGAAGUCAGGGAAGUAAAUUCUCUAUCAUUGACAGUAAGGACUUACUGUGAAUGCUCAGAUUUCAGACAAAUUAACCGUGUAAUCUGCCUAACCAGCCCAACCUGUUAACUAAAUACAGACCCAAAAUGAAUGAUUCACUUACACAACAACUAUAGAAGAUGCUAGUUGUCUUUUUAUUAAAUCGUUUGAAAAUAGGACAUAAUUUUUCAGUUUUUAGCCUCGUGAUUCGUUGUAUGUAUCUUCAUGAUGGCAGACAUUUUAUGGGUUCUUUAAUGUUUAUCUGUUUCUCUUGACCAAAUUCCAUAGAUUCAAGCUAACUGCUACAGUAGUUCACCUGCCAUAGUAACUACGUAUCUCUCUCUUCACCUGGCAGAGGUGAAGCCCAGCAAAGAACAUGCCGGAGCCACCCUUGAGAUCCCUUCUGAGGAAAUUCUCUCAGAACCCACUCGAGAACGAAAGCGUUAA